GGCGGCGCGGCGCGGCGGCGGCGAGCGGAGCCAGAAGAGGGCCCGGGAUCCCCGGGGGCCCACGGCCGCCAUCACGGACUUCCUGUGGGACAAGCGCACCGGGCUGGCUGCGAGGACGAUGCCUCACUCUAGAAGGUACCGCUCGUCGGAGCGCAGCAGCCGGGGCAGCUAUCAUGAGCGUUACAGAAGUCGCAAACACAAGAGGCGGCGGACGCGGUCUCGAUCUAGCAGCAGUGAGCGUGAUCGUCGGCACCGUCGGGAAGACAGUUACCACGUUCGGUCCAGGAGUUAUGAUGACCACUCAGCAGACAGGAGGGCCUAUGACCGGCGUUACUGUGAUAGCUACCGGCGGAACGAUUACAGCCGUGAGCGAGGGGAAGCCUACUAUGAUCCUGAAUAUCGUCAUUCUUACGAGUACCGACGUUCUCGGGACCGUGAGGGCAGCUACCGCAGCUGCAAAAGCAGCCGGCGUAAGCACAGGCGGAGACGGCGCCGCAGCCGGUCCUUUAGUCGCUCCUCAUCGCAGCGGAGUCGACAGAGCAGCAGAAGGGCCAAGAGUGUGGAGGACGACGACGAGGGGCAUCUGAUCUAUCGCGUCGGCGACUGGCUACAAGAAAGAUAUGAGAUUAUUAGCACUUUAGGAGAAGGCACGUUUGGCAGAGUGGUGCAAUGCAUAGAUCACCGGAGGGGUGGUGCACGUGUUGCCCUGAAAAUCAUUAAAAAUGUGGAAAAGUACAAAGAGGCUGCCCGACUGGAAAUCAACGUGUUGGAGAAAAUCAAUGAGAAGGAUCCUGAAAACAAGAACCUUUGUGUCAGGAUGUUUGACUGGUUUGACUACCAUGGCCACAUGUGCAUCUCUUUUGAACUGCUGGGGCUUAGCACCUUUGAUUUCCUGAAGGACAACAACUAUCUGCCUUAUCCCAUCCACCAAGUACGGCACAUGGCCUACCAGGUGUGCCAGGCUGUGAAGUUUCUGCAUGACAAUAAACUCACUCACACUGACCUCAAACCUGAGAACAUCCUCUUUUUGAACUCGGACUACGAACUUACCUAUAACCUGGAAAAGAAGCGAGAUGAGCGGAGUGUGAAGAGCACAGCUAUCAGAGUGGUGGACUUUGGCAGUGCCACAUUUGAUCAUGAGCAUCACAGCACGAUUGUCUCUACCAGGCAUUACCGGGCCCCAGAAGUCAUACUGGAACUUGGCUGGAGCCAGCCUUGUGAUGUGUGGAGCAUUGGCUGCAUCAUCUUUGAGUAUUAUGUGGGUUUCACCCUGUUUCAGACACAUGACAACCGAGAGCACUUGGCCAUGAUGGAGAGGAUCUUGGGGCCAAUUCCUUCUCGUAUGAUCCGGAAGACCAGGAAACAGAAAUAUUUUUACCAUGGCCGCCUGGACUGGGAUGAGAAUACCUCUGCUGGCCGUUACGUCAGGGAAAACUGCAAGCCACUACGGAGAUACCUUACUUCUGAGGCUGAGGAUCAUCACCGCCUCUUUGACCUCAUUGAGAGCAUGCUGGAGUACGAGCCGUCCAAGCGCAUCACCCUGGCUGAGGCCCUCAAGCACCCGUUCUUUGACAUGCUGGAAAUGGAACCAAGUACAAAAAUGUGGGACUCUAGCCGGGACAUCAGCCGGUGAUGCCACAGGUGCCAGCCUGCCCUCAGAUUCUAGCCCCCGUGGAGGCCUGUGUGAUUUCUAUUCAGACACUUGGUGCUUUUUUUUAUACAUAAAAGAACUCCCUCCCAUUUGUAAAGGUGUUAAUAUGUGAGAUACUGUAAAUACCCCAUAUUCUAUAUCAGCCUCUGAGCACCAUAGGCCCAACCUCCUGCUGUUGCUGCUGCCAUUAUCCCAAGGCGAGGGGGCCUCUAUGUCCAUACUGUAAAUACCUCUGUUCAUGUGUUGCUUUGUCUCUUGUUUUUCCUGCCUUUCUCAGUGUAAAUACUCCAGGACUCUCAGCUCUCUGUAGCUUAUGUUUCCUUGUAAGUUAUGAAACUGGUGGGAUUGCAUGGGAAUUAUUUUUUGGAUCAAUGUCAUAGCCCAUCCCCACACCAGAGUUUUAUAAGAAUUUUGUACAGUCUUUGUGAAAAAUAAAUAUGAAGUGAAUAAA